AAUGCAGUCUUCUCUUCUUUGGAGUUUUUCAAGUGCAAGAGCAAAAAUUUUCUUUGCACACUCUUUUGAAGGACACUUGGAGUAUCCGAAACUUGGAAAAAAGAAGUGUAAGAAAAAACGCAGUUUUAGAGGAGUUUCUUCUCUCUUAUCAACACGUCAGUUGGAAGUGGGGUUGUCAGAGGUGUCGACUCGUUCGACAAAGCUGGGAGACGAUAAUUAUAAGGCAUUUGUUUAUAAUAAUCCAACUUGUCAUAUUUCGAAGGAAGAAUUGGUGUAUUCUGGCUCCACAAAUUCUCGAAACAAACUAUGGGCAAGUUGUACAAGGUUUUUGAAUUCAAAUAGAUGCUUGAAGUGUCGCAAGUGUUCUACAUGUUUUCUUCAGUUGAAGGCGUGUUGGUGGAAAAAGAAUCAAAGUCUAUCUUCUUGUUUGAAACGUGGGAUGUCGAGUUGCUUUUGGCAACAAGGUUUUUCGUAUUGUGUUUUUCGAUCAUUCGAAGGUCGUAAAACUUGUUAUGGCAGACUUUCACCUCCACUCAGAAAUAGUGAACGAAAGAUUUGUUUUGGUCCGGGUUUUGUUCGAGAAUCCAAUGUUUCCGUUCCUUCUCGUUGUCACCAACUAUGUUAUCUUUUCAAUCCGUACACCAACAAAGAUGUAUGUACUGGCAAGUUGUUUCCUUUGAUGUAUGCGGUAUACAUGUCACAAUAUCAUGCGCAUACUUCUAAUCACAACUGGAAAGAAGACGGAAGAUAUUACAGUCAUUUUACAUCGAAAGACAAAGACUCUUCGCAUCACCACACAGUUUUAACGAAUCAAGUCAAUUCAUUUCAUGGUUUGUCUUCACCUUGUGAGAAAAUUCGACGUCUUGCAGUCAUUUCUGACAUUCAUGUCUUUGAUGUAGAUGGAUUUUGGAACGAAAAUGUCUUGGAAUUUUUUAAUCUUAGAAUCCUAGGACUAUUGAAUAUUCUCUUUUUAAGAGGGCCAGAAAGAUUUUCUGUGCAAGUUCUAGCCAAAGCCAUUGAAGAUAUGCAUGAAAUGAGAGUGGAUCAUCUCAUAUUAGCAGGAGACAUCACUAAUCUGAGUUUGGAAAGCGAAUUUGCUACUGCAUUUAAAGUGGUUCGACUUUUUGGUCCGCCAAGUAGUAUCACAGCCAUUCCAGGAAACCACGAUGUUUAUAAUCGAGGUGAAUUGAAACGAAAGUUAUUCCAAAAGUAUUUUGGUUCCUAUGCAGUAUCCGAUGUCCUCGGCACCUCCCCUCGAGGAGAUGGUUUCCCUAUUAUUCAGAUGAGAGGAAAUGUGGCUCUCAUUGGUUUGAAUACUGCUUUACCAGGAAGUGCUCGGGGAAUGGUUGGUAGAAGACAGUGGCAUGCGUUAGAAGAAAUGAUGGAAAGAGCAUCACAUAUCCUAAACAACGUCGAUAUGAAAAUUCUAGUUCUCCACCAUCCAGCACAAAAUCCUAUGAUCCGAGGUCUACCUUGGAUCCGCGAAAUUGGACAUGACCUCAAGGAUUGGAAAUCCGUCGCAAAGUUUUGUAGAAAGUAUUCCAUUGACUUGGUAGUACAUGGACAUAAUCAUGUUCCUUAUCAAGGUGUGUUGGAUGGUUCACCUCAAACUUUGGUUUGUGAAAGUGGUUCGGGCACCUUGAUGACUUAUCAAGAAGACCGAGUUGCACGUUAUACAAUAUUUGAAUUGAACGAAAAAGGGGUAUUGGAGCGUUCCUUUGCUCGGGUUUGGGAUAUGGAAGGAGAAUGUUUCCAAACCAAAGAAUUAAUUCUUCCUCCCAUAGAAAAGCAAAAGAGUGUUCCUUUUGCUGCAACUUGACCAUUUUGUAUAAAGUUGCGCAAAUAACA